AUGAUGUUUUGGGGAACUGGGAGGAGAAUAUGUCCUGGCCGUCAUCUUGCAAUGAUAAGUAUGUACGCAGCCAUAGCAGGCAUGCUACAUUCCUUCAACAUUAGGAAAGCCAAGGACGAAUUUGGAAAUGAGAUUGUGCCGAAUCAAGAGUUUAUGUCGUCCUUACAGAAUCGGCCUGUACCGUUUCCGUGCGACAUCAAGCCACGGUCUGAUCACCACGAGAAACUAAUAAGAACCGCUGCGGUUUUGAUGAACGAUGUUGACAUUUGGGCAGUUAUUUAA